GAGGGAGGAGGAACAUUGAGAGGGAGGGAGGAGUCCUCGGUCUCUGGGCUUCUGAUCUGGCGUCUUGGAGCUCCACCUCGGCUGAGGGAGGAAAAUCUCACUGAGGAUUUACUGUUGGGUCCUUCAGACUGAACUCUGAGCUCUCUGGACUUUUCUCCUUUGGGAUACAAUUUAGUGGAAUAUUCAUUCAGAGACCUGCUGGAGUCCUUCCUGCUGAACGGGAGAAGUGUGGUAUGAGAAAGUGAGUAAUAUGGGGAAGCCUUUGAAUGGGCUAGAUCCUGGAAUCAGACUGCAGGGCUUCCAUUGUGUUUAGACCGGGAAGCAGCAUGCAAACAAAUCGGUGAACCGCCGCGGCCUGUCAAACCCCCGCCCUCGUAGCCACCGGCACCGCCAACCCAACUUCGGGGGGGAUUCCAAACACUUCCCCUCUGCCUGACAACCUGCGCCAAAACAAACCAUGGAUUUCCUGCUACCCAUAAGAAGACGCGCCAACGAGGAGCCUCUUCUGGGCCCUCACAGCAGCUGCUCCAGGCACCACUUCCAUUGCGUCAAAAGAAAGCUGCGGCCCGGACGGAUUCUGGGUUUCCUCAUCAGCAUGGUGGCGGUCUGCACAUUCUGUUCAUGGAGUGCCUUGUCGCUGGUCACAACGGUGGCCAAGGAGCUGGAAUCGUCCGCUGAGGGCUCAGCAGAGGAGGCGGUGCCCCAAAGAACUCUUCUGCAGUACCACAACCUCUCAGCCGCGCGAGAGGACACGCCGGUGGCCAUGAGAUCAUCUGGUGCAGAGAAUCACGGGGACUACCCAACGGACUACUUCAGCGUGGAGGACAGGCGUGAGGGCUAUGUGAUUUUUCAUAUGUUUGGCAUGUUGUACAUGUUCAUAGCCUUAGCCAUCGUCUGCGAUGAGUUCUUUGUUCCUGCGCUCACGGUCAUCACGGAGAAGCUGCAGAUAUCUGAUGAUGUAGCAGGAGCCACCUUCAUGGCGGCAGGUGGCUCAGCCCCAGAGCUCUUCACUUCCGUCAUCGGAGUCUUCGUCUCCCACAGUAACGUGGGUAUCGGCACCAUCGUGGGCUCCGCUGUCUUCAACAUCCUGUUUGUGAUCGGGAUGUGCGCCCUGUUCUCCAAAGAGGUGCUGCACCUCACCUGGUGGCCUCUGUUCAGAGACGUCUCGUUCUAUAUCAUCGGCUUGCUCAUGCUCAUCUAUUUCUUUCUGGAUAACCAAAUCACGUUUGGGGAGAGUCUGGGCCUGCUGUCGUGCUACACCUUCUACGUGACGUUCAUGAAGUUCAAUGCCAAAGUAGAAUUCGUCAUCAAGACCCUCCUGGGAGGCAACGUGGUGGAGGAGCUGGAGACUGCACCAAAGGUAAAUGCACCUGGAGAGGAUGAGAACAAGCUGACGGCCAAACCGAGGCUGCAGAGGGAAGGCAGCUGUGCUUCUCUACACAACUCACUGAUGAGAAACAGCAUCUUCCAGCUCAUGAUUCACACCCUCGAUCCGCUCAGUGACGAAGGUAUGGGUGGACGUUUCAAAGAGAAGGCUUCAAUCCUUCACAAAAUGGCCAAGCAGAAGUGUAAAGACGAGGCUUCCAAUACGGCCAACGGCGUCGGACCCCUCUCCCAGGCACAACCUCCAAGAAAUGCAAAUGCUGAUAAAAACAUCCCCAACAGUUCAAAUGUUGAGGUGGAAGUCACACCACCCAUGAACGGUGUUGCAGGAGGAGAAGAGGGUGGUGACGAAGAGGAAGAUGAAGACCAGCCUCUGAGCCUGGCCUGGCCAGACACCAACAGGAAACGGAUCACCUACCUCGCCAUUAUGCCCAUCGUCUUUCCCCUGUGGCUCACACUGCCCGACGUCAGGAGAGAGAGCUCAGUGAGAUUCUUCCCCGUCACUUUCCUCGGCUCCAUCAGUUGGAUCGCUUUCUUCUCCUACCUGAUGGUGUGGUGGGCUCACCAGGUUGGAGAAACGUUCUUCAUCACAGAGGAGAUAAUGGGUCUGACCAUAUUAGCAGCUGGCACUUCGAUCCCCGAUCUGAUCACCAGCGUGAUUGUAGCACGAAAAGGCCUCGGUGACAUGGCCGUGUCCAGCUCUGUGGGCUCCAACAUCUUUGAUAUCACUGUGGGUCUGCCGUUCCCCUGGCUCAUUUACAACAUCCUCAACGACUUCAGGCCGGUACAGGUGAGCAGCAACGGCCUGUUCUGCGCCAUCGUCCUCCUCUUCCUCAUGCUCCUCUUCGUCAUCAGCUCCAUCGCGGCUUGCAACUGGAAGAUGAGCAAGUUUCUGGGCCUUUUCAUGUUCCUGCUCUACUUCUUCUUCCUCAUUGUCAGCGUCAUGCUGGAGGACAAAGUCAUCAAUUGCCCCGUCACCGUCUGAGAGAGAGCGACUCCCGCUGGACGUCAGAAAGCAGAAAUCAAGCACAAAGGAGUGGAAAAACAUGCUCGCACAGACAUAAACUGUCUCUUAUCUGUCUCACUUACAUACACAGCAGAAGACUGCACACACACACACACACACACUCAAGUGAAAGGUGAAGAAAACACACACACACACACACACACAGACACACACACAUGCAGGUUGUGAAUGCCAGUUAGGCAGACUGACUUAAAUCAACGCUGCAGAUUCAGACCGGUGCUUCACAGCCGUCCAGCAGCCAGCAUACAAGUCAUUUAUGGACUUUAUGCCACCCCAAUAGGAGACACUCCUCUAUUUGUACCAUGUGACUACUUUCAGUAGCCGCUAUUGGUUGAAAACUGAUGGACAAGUUAUGUGAACGCCACCUGGGAUGGAAAUUUCAAUGAAAGAUCACCAGAGAUUGUUUUUUUUUUGUAACUAAAGGACCGUGUGGCAGUAUACCUCCACUACUCAUGCAGGCAGCCAAGUGAAGCGUAUUAACUGAAUAUGGGGGCUUAAAAGAGACUUUUUUUGUUUGUUUUAAAGGGCAGCGAAGCUCUGGAGAGAUCAUAAGUGUGAUAGCUGCUGACUAUACCUUUAGAUUUGUUCAUUCCACCUCCUGUAUGGCUUUGCAAUGUCAUCGAAAGAGAAAUAUCCAGUAUUCAUAACUUGAGUAUGUUCACAUACAGUAUAUUUGAAACCCGGUCUCACAGGAAGGCGUAUAAAUACCACAACAUCACACGGACAUUUUGAGUGUCAUGAGUACACAUUUGAGCCUUUUCACGUGUCAUUUGUACGCCACGCAAACGUCCGCAGUUGGGUUUAAGCAAAAAAACUACUAACUUAGGUUCAGGCAAGAAAACAACUCAGUUAGGAUACAGAAAAACAUCAUGGUUGGGCUUCAAAUAAGUACGUAAAUUAAGUUAAACACGUACAGAAAUAACGUAACAGUGUUACGUUCCCCCCGUUCUCCCUAGAUCCCGGACGAGCCCCCAAUUGUUACAUUCCCCCUGACUAGGGUCCAGGGGAUGGAGGGAGUGACAGUAAAUGUUUACCCAGGAAACAGAGAGACUGGCCACGGAUGGGUGUAAACAAAAUUAUUCAAUUUAUUAACAAAAA